UCGGGGGCGGCGGGCGCGGCGCGGGCGGCGCUGCUGCUGGCGGCGAACAUGGCCGGCGUUGCAGACGCCGCUGCCUCCGCCGCCGCGCCGGGCAGCGGCGGGGAAGGACGGCGCGGCGGCGCUCCGGAGCAGCAGGACAGCGGCCGGGGGGAGCCGAAAACUCUCUGGGGGAGCGGCGAGCCGCGGCCGCCCGCCGCCGGCCCGGGGCAGCCGUCUCCGCAGCAGCGAACGGAGACGCUGGGCUUCUACGAGAGCGACCGGGGCAGGAAGAAGAAGCGGAGCCUGUCGGAUCUUUCAUUGCUGAGAUUCAUCAGUGCUGAGCUAACAAGAGGUUACUUCCUUGAACACAAUGAAGCAAAAUACACAGAGCGGAGAGAGAGAGUAUACACGUGCAUGCGGAUACCAAAAGAACUGGAAAAGUUGAUGUUUUUUGGAAUCUUUUUGUGCCUGGAUGCUUUUCUGUAUGUAUUCACCCUGCUUCCUUUGAGAGUUUUUCUGGCAAUGUUCCGGUUCAUCACUUUGCCUUGCUAUGGCUUACGACACAACAGUUUGAUAACAGCACCACUUAGGCAUAUUCAGACGGAAGGGAAGAGCACUUUCACUUCCUUUAUAGGAUGGAAUGUGGUGUCACAGGGAUUCCUCCUUGACAGCUCUCAUCGAGGCCUAACAGCAAGUGAUAGACGUUUGCUACAACCUGCUCAGGUAUGUGACAUUCUCAAAGGAGUUAUAUUGGUCAUCUGCUACUUCAUGAUGCACUAUGUUGACUACUCUAUGAUGUAUCAUCUGAUAAGGGGACAGUCUGUCAUAAAGCUCUACAUCAUCUAUAACAUGCUUGAGGUGGCUGAUCGUCUGUUUUCUUCAUUUGGACAAGAUAUUUUGGAUGCUCUUUAUUGGACAGCUACAGAACCUAAGGAAAGAAAAAGAGCUCACAUAGGUGUGAUUCCUCACUUCUUCAUGGCAGUGCUGUAUGUCUUCCUGCAUGCUAUUCUUAUAAUGGUUCAAGCAACAACACUUAAUGUGGCCUUCAACUCCCACAAUAAAUCACUGCUUACCAUCAUGAUGUCCAAUAAUUUCGUUGAAAUAAAAGGAAGUGUUUUCAAGAAGUUUGAGAAGAACAAUCUUUUUCAAAUGUCAAAUAGCGAUAUAAAGGAGAGGUUCACCAAUUAUGUGCUGCUCCUAAUUGUAUGUCUAAGAAAUAUGGAACAGUUCUCAUGGAAUCCAGAUCAUCUUUGGGUGUUAUUCCCAGAUGUUUGCAUGGUGGUUGCUUCAGAAAUUGCGGUGGAUAUUGUGAAACAUGCCUUUAUAACAAAAUUCAAUGACAUCACAGCAGAUGUCUACAGUGAAUACAGAGCCAGUCUUGCAUUUGACCUUGUUAGCAGUCGACAGAAAAAUGCAUAUACAGAUUAUAGUGAUUCAGUUUCCAGAAGAAUGGGUUUCAUUCCUCUUCCACUGGCUGUUUUACUCAUCAGGGUCGUAACAAGCUCAAUAAAAGUACAAGGAGUCUUAGCUUAUGUUUGUGUUGUGCUGUUCUACUGUGGGUUAAUAUCUCUGAAAGUCCUUAACAGUAUUGUAUUGCUGGGGAAAUCAUGUCAAUAUGUAAAGGAGGCAAAAAUGGAGGAGAAAUUAUUCAAUCCUGUCCUGACUGCCACCCCAGGGAAGCCAGCUGGCAAACAGCAAAGCAUGUUUAAAUCUACCCAAGGAAUUUCCACAGAUGAAAAUGGAUCUACAUCAGUUACCAGUCAGCCUGUGCAUCAGAAGGAGAAUACGCCGUCUUUACUUGUAACAAGCAGUUCUGAUCAAUUUCUGACAACUCCUGAUGGAGAAGAAAAAGAUAUAAGCCAAGACAGUUCAGAAUUAAAGCACAGGUCUUCAAAGAAGGACUUGUUGGAGAUAGACAGGUUUACUAUUUGUGGAAACAGAAUUGACUAAGUUUUUGGGGUUUUUUUUUUUGUUUGUUGUUUUUUUUUUUUUUAAAUCUAUGUGCUAAGGAUACUGAGCUGUUGGGACAGCAGAUGCUACCAGAAUGGACAGUUGCCCUAAAAGGCACAUAAAUAUUUAUUUAAAAACUUAAAUUAUUAAUGGCAAAAAAUAUUAAUUUCUUUCUACAAGUAACUUGGCUUGGUAUCUGGUCAGGUCAAGUAAGUGAUCUUUAACUUGCCUCUUGGAAAAUGUGGUGGAUCGUGAGUCUCUAGCCUGGUGGCAGAGCUGCAGUAUCACUUUUCUGGAAAAUAGACUGGAAAAAAAGCAUAAUCCUGUUCUGCGUUAUGAAACCAUGCUUCCAGAACAUACUACUUUCCAUGAAGGGUUCCUCCAGUGUAAGGAUAUUCCUGGAAAUGUAUGACAACUUGAUCAGAAGCUUGCCUUUCCAGUUAACCUUGUUUUAUUAAACAUCUGCAAGCAGAAUUCAAAGCUUGUGCUUAUAUCAACAAACGCGUAAAGCAUUGGUACAUAAAACAGUAAGUCAAGAUAGUUAUUCUUGUCAACAAAAACCUUUUCAAGAUGUAUCUUGAAAAUCUUGUAAUCAGAAUAAAAUUUUGCCUUUAAAUGAAA